AUGACUAUAGAUGCAAAGUACGUUACAUGGCAUUUCAUUCGUCCAAGCUGUCUGAACCCUCCUUCUCUUUCUUUUGCCCUAGGCAUCGAGGAACUUUUGCGAUUGAAACCGGAUAAGAACUUGUUUGUUCUUCUUUACUGUACGGAGUGCCGAGCAACAUUCAAGGGACAUCCUGGACAAUGUGUUGGUUGUGCUAGGAAUGCCCGAACAUGGUAA